UGAAAUGGUUAUCAAAAAUUUCGGAUAGAUUGUUUAAUGCAUGUGGCGACGGAUGACUACGACGAUAAGGAAGACUUCACGAGUGACGUUGCUGGACGGAGGCACGGGUGAAGAAUUACUCGCUCGCGGGUUGCCUGUCGACCGCCACAUUUGGUCUGUCACGGCACUAGUGCACGAGCAACACCAUAAGCUGUUGCGGGAAGUUCACACGACAUUCCUGGACGCAAACGCGGACUGUAUCACGUGCAACAACUACGGUGUAACGCCUGGUGUGGGCUUCAGUGAUGACAAGAUCGCACGAUACACUGCCGUGGCAGGUCAAGUGGCUCGAGAUGCCUGCGAUCAGUGGACAGAAACCCACACGACGAGACCGAAGCCGAAGGUCUGCGGAUCUCUGCCUCCGUUACUAGAGAGCUACAGAGCCGACAAAGUGCCCAACCAGGAGGAAGGAGUAAGACUGUAUGCGAUGAUUGCACAGACACUAGCGCCCUUUGUGGACUGCUACUUGGCUGAGACGUUGUCAUCAAUUCAAGAGGCAAAGAUGGCGUUGCUAGGGGUGCAACAGACUCAGAGUGGAGAGAGUGAAAAAGCGGUGGGAGUGAUGGUAUCAUUUACACUUAACAGCUACGGGCGUGUUCGGAGUGGGGAUAAAGUUUGUGAGGUAGCAGAGGAGCUACUACGCUUUACUGCUGGCAUGUCUGGAACGGAACUGCAGGCUAUUCUCUUCAAUUGCUCACAACCCGAGGCCACCUGUAAGGCUCUAAGUGAGCUACACGAGGAUGAAGGCAUACGAGCAAGUCUGCGUAGUCGUGGGGUGCGUUUGGGCGCAUAUGCUAAUCGCCUUACGGUCAUUCCGGAUGAUUGGACUCUCGCGGAAUCUAGUGAACCACAGGCCAUGCGCACAGAUCUGGCUGUAGAGAAAUACAGAGAUUUCGUCUCGCAGUGGGUGGAGCUGGGUGCUGAAAUUGUAGGAGGCUGCUGUGGAAUUGGGCCCGAGUACAUCGCAAGCAUUCACGAGAUGCUGCAACAACAAGGUCGACGCUAACGCAAUAUUCACACCAACGCGCACUCCCAUUCUGUGUGUCUUCCUUCUAUACAGUGCUCAAUCGAUGAGGUUGCUGGCAAAUUGUACCUGCAUUAUUACUUUUCAACGGACAUUUGACGUCAACCAACAGUACGCACUGAUCAAGUAACCAUGCAAUGAAUGACACAAUAUCGUAUUAUGCACUACUGCAUACUACUUCUGAAGUAUACAGCAUUCUUAAUCACGUGCAGCUUGCUUAUUGAC